GCGGGCCUGCUACUACACAUGCGCACAACUCUCGCAAUCUAAGCAUCUCCUCACUGAUGAUAAAGGGUGCUCCGGGGACGUGCUGCGAGUGACCGCAUUCUCUGCUUGCUCAGUUGCAGCAGAGACAUACAGGUGGAGGUGAGACUGACGGAGCGCCGUUUGUGGGGGUCGGUGAGGUGGAGGAUGCGUGCCGUGGGCUGCAGCAGCUGAUCAACGGUACCGAGACGAAGAGCGCGAGGAAGGACCAUAGGAAGAACCAUGAGCUGCAACUGGGGCACCGAGCUGUGGGAUCAGUUUGAUAACUUGGAGAAACACACGAGCUGGGGGAUCGACUUCCUGGAGAGAUACACCAAGUUUGUAAAAGAGCGCGCCGACAUUGAGCUGAGCUACGCCAAACAGAUCAGAAGUCUGUCGAAGAAGUACCACCCCAAGAGAAACAGAGAAGAUGAGAGCAGGUACACCUGGUUUGUGGCGUUUGCGGCGACUCUCCAGCAGCUGAACGAACUCGCCAUCCAGAGAGAAGAUCUUGCUGAAAACCUGAACGGACAAAUCGUCUGCGAGCUGACACGAUACACUCAGGAGCUGAAGGCUGAGAGGAAGUCUCAUUUCCAAGAUGGCCGCCGUGCACAGCAGCACAUUGAGAGCUCCUGGAAACAGCUGGAGUCUAGUAAGCGGCGGUUUGAACGUGACUGUAAGGAGGCGGAGCGAGCUCAGCACGUCUCCAACAAAAUCGACCUGGACAAUAAAACGGAUGGAGAGAAGGCUCGUCAGACGGCUCAGCAGAAACAACAAGCUGCUGAGGAGUCCAGGAAAGACUAUGUGACUAGUUUAAACCAGUUUAACCAGGAUCAGCACCAGCACUACCACACACUGGUACCAGUAAUUUACCAGCGUAUCCAGGACAUGGAGGAGCGGCGGAUCGAGAGGAUUGGGGAGGCGAUGCGUUCGUUGGCCGAGGCUGAGAGAAAAGUUCUUCCUGUCGUGAGCCGCUGUCUGGACGCCAUGAUGGAAGCUGCUGAAAGCAUACAGCCAAGAAAGGACACCCGUCAGGUGGUGGAGGUGUAUAAAUCAGGGUUCGACCCCCCGGGUGAUGUCGAAUUUGAAGACUACAGCGCCACCAUGAGGCGGAGCAUCUCUGAAUCCAGUUACCUCGACAACCGGACAGAGGAGCGGAGACAAAGCAGGAAGCUGUGGCCCUUCAUCCGAAAAACCAAGCUGCUGACCCUCCUGUCCUCCCGCCAGCCUCCACCCCCACCCCCAACCUCUCCUUCACCCGGGGUGGCCAACAGUCCCCAGUCCCCACCCACAGCCACCCGAGAACCAAUCACACAGCGGCUGAAUGACCUCAUGACCUCUGGCUACAGAACCAGGAAGCAGUGUCUGCGCAGCCUCAAGAGAGGGUUGUCACUCAAACUGGGCUCGAAUCCGGCCGACUGCAGCCAUCUUCCUCCUGAGCAGAGACGCAAGAAACUUCAGGGCCGCAUCAAUAACAUCAACCAGGAGAUCCAGAGAGAGCGCGAACAGAGGGACGCCUUGCUGAAGAUGAGGGAGGUUUAUGAACGAAGUCCUCAGAUGGGCAAUGCCAGCAGUUUGGAGCCUCGACUGGAUGAAGUGAAGCAGAACCUGCACAGGCUGGAGGAGGAGCUGAGGAGGAACCAGGUGUGGCUGUCAGAGGCCGACAGCAGGCUGUCCGAUCACAGCAGCAGGAGACAGAGCGGAGGCUGUGGGUUAAAUUCCCAGGCAACUACGCCAGGCAGCACCAGCCUCAAACAGCUGGACAACCGCAGCCCAGCCAGCAGAGAGAGUCCCGAUGGCAGUUACACUGAGGAUCACAGUGCUGAGCUUCACUUUAAGUCUCGUAGCUCAGAGUUUGAUGAUGACUUCGACGAUGAAGAACCAUUGCCGAGUAUUGGAACCUGCAAGUCUCUGUACCCAUUUCAAGGUCAGAAUGAGGGCACUCUGUCGAUGCUGGAGGGGGAACUACUUUCUGUGGUGGAAGAAGACAAGGGUGAUGGCUGGACCAGAGUGCGCAGGAACCUGGAGGAGGAGGGAUAUGUGCCAACCUCUUACAUCAAAGUCUUCCUGGACAGCAGCGCCAAAGGCUUUGUGCAGAAUAGUCGGCUAGUCUAGCAAGUUGCUCGGCCAUUGAAGACGUCUCUCCACAGGAAGUGAUGUAAGAGCUCAGAGGAGGUCUGGUAACAAUUUCAUUGAACAGUGUUGUUUUUCAGGAUCUCAACCAACCAGUCAGCUGGAAGACUGCUUUCUUCUUCUUCUUUUUUUUUGAGAGACAAAAACCUCAGAACCUAAUCAAAGAUCCAUGAGAAACCAAUCAGAGAUCAAUGGGAAAUCCGAUCACAGAUCCAUGAGUAGCCAGUCAGAUCCAAAACCAUUUGGAGAGCCAAUGCAACCCAGUCAGAUCAAUUAGAAACCAUCUGAGAUCCAUGUGAAACCAGUCAAAUCAAUGAAAACCCAGUCAGAGACCAAUUAGAACCCAAUCACAAACAAAUUGAAGAUCAAGGAGAAACCAAUCAGUUAAGAAAUCAGAGGAGAUGAUUGUAGUCAGAAAUGAUUCACCACUCCAAACAUUUCUGAUCUAUAACUGAACGCUGACUUGUGUUUGUGGAAAAGAUGAAGAUGUAUUUCUGAUGUUUGAACUUUGUUCUUCAGACUCUUCAUGUGAAGACUUUAUUGAUCAGCUGAAUGAUCGACUAUGUUGUGGUCACCACGGUUAUUGUGAAAUUACCUUGGGCGUGGUCUCUAAAGUGACAUUUAAACAGACAAGUCGACUGCAUGUAAAUACAAAUUGUAGCUGCAGGAGUAGCCCUGCCCCCUAUCGCCCUGCUAAUAUUAGCCCCACCCCAGACAGUAACAACCCCGCCCCUCCUAUUAGCCCGCCCAUUGAUGAUGAUGAUGUUAUUGACUGUGUAAAAUGUGAACCUUUUUUUUAUUUUAUAGUGAAAUACUGAUCAGUUAUUUAUUGUUUUAGUUUUUCUUUUUUUAUUGAGACGCGAGUCUGCUGAUCAUGCUCUUUUCAAUUUCCCGUAUGUUAAACUUUCAAAAUAAAGUACACUCAGAAUCAG